AUGGAUCAGAUUAAGGUUUCAAAGGAAUGGGGACAGAAUAAGAAUAAAGAACAGGAACAGAGACAGAAUAAGAAUAAUGAACAGAAACAGGAGCAGAAUACCAAAAAUGAACAGAAACAUGAGCAUAAUAAGAAUAGUAAACAGGAACAGGAGCAUAAUAAGAAUAAAAAACAGGAAGAGGAGCAGAAAAAGAAUAAUGAACAGGAACAACAGCAGAAUAAGAAUAAUGAGCAGGAACAUGAAGAGAAUAAGAAUAAAUUUGAUCCAGGGAUUGGAGUCGUAUUAAAACCUGAUUUAUCCGGAGCAGAAUCUCUGGAUGGAGACGGAUUGGAUGGAAGCUUGAUUAAGAGAGAAACAGAGGCAUCUCCUGGAGCAAAUAAAGAAACUAUGGGGGCACAGUCGGUCGACGCAAUGUCUAUCGGUACAGGAGGGAGUACCCAGGAUAAGUACUCCAGCUCCUACAAGACUCCCAACUAUACCCAGUACACAGAUACUAACUUCAAGGAGUUUAUGCCGGACUACAAGAGCAUGAUGAGUGGGUUUGAAUCUAGUAGUUCAGAGAAUUCAACAAACUCUACUUCAGGAGGAAUGGGAGGAAUGGGAUUUGGAGGAAUGUCCAAUUUUCUGGAUCUUGGAAGGAAAGUAUUAAAAAUCUAAACAAUAGAUUUUGUACAGAUUGAUUUCGGGACAAUAUCGACAAGAAAAUAUUUAUAUUUAUAUUUUAUUUCUGUUCAAAAUCUUGCAUGCUUUCAAGCACAACUCCUUUUUUUCCGACGAGGUAGUGAUAAAAUAAGUUUUGAAAUCCUUAUAUAUAAUCAAAAAAAUUGAUUUUUCGCACUCUUUGGGGUAAAAUCCAUAAUGACGUAAAACUCUACC